AUGGAGUACCAAAUUAUCUCGAGCAAGGGUGACAAGUUCGCGCUUUGUAUUGACGAUGACAUGACGGUUGGGGACGUCAAAGGUGUCGCUGCGGCGAUGCUGGAUGCCCCCGAUGACGUCAUCAUGACGGUCUCGCUCAACGGCAAGCUCCUUAAAGACGAUGCGGAGACGUGGGGAGAGCUGCGCAGUCGCCUCUUCAGAAGCCAGCAGCCCCAUCCCAUGCAGCGCAAGCUCUUCUGCAACGUGACAGAUCGCCCGGUAGUAGAGUCCCAGAGCGCAGAGGUGCUGCGCAUGCUCCCAUCCAAGGAAGAAAAAAAGCUGGAACAGGAGAAGGAGCGCGAGAAGGUGGCUGCGAUGGACUUUAUGGUCGAUACACUCGCCGACAACCCUGCCUUUCUCGAGAGCAUGCUGAGUAUGAACCCCAUGAUCAAAAAGAUGCAGAAGAAAUCGCCCGAGGUAGCGCGUAUGUUGAAGGAUCCGGACACGCUGCGCAUGCUCCUGAAGUCCUCCGUUGACCCGCAGCGGCGGCGGGAGAUGGAGCGCAACGCCGAGCUGCAGCUUGCCCACAUCGCCGCCUUGCCCGGGGGCCAGCAGAUGAUCAAUCACUACAUGGAUCAGCUCACCGAGGAUGAGGAGGAGACGGACGCACAACGUCAACUGCGCAUUGGCAGGUCAACAGCCGAGGUGAGCGACGAGCUCACCCAUCCGGACCCAACCAAAGAGGCAAACAACGACCCGUUGCCGAACCCGUGGGCUACGCCGGCCGCGACGGCGCCUGGGGCUGCGUCUCAAACAGGUAGUGCAUUUCCAUUGGGCGUCGCCGAGGGUUCCCCUUUUUUGAGCCCUUUCGGCUUUCCUCCCGCUGCGGCUUUCUCUUCUAGCGGCGCUGCUGUCGACCCCGUGGCAUCCUCGUUUGUGGGGGGCUCUGCGGCCGCGGCGUCGAGCGGCCAGGAUCAGGCGGCCAUGAAUGCAAUGAUAGAAAUGAUAAUGCAAUCCAUGAGGACGCCACCCUCGGCACCGACAACUCUCACUGCCGAUCCGCCGUCGUCUUCGACUGCGGCAGCACCGGCGUCUGCAUCCCCCUCCGCGUUGUCCGAGGAAGCGAUGCAGCAAGGUCUGGCGACGCUGCGUGAGAUGGGGUUCGAGGAUGAGGCCCUCUGCCGUGAGGCGCUGACGGCCUGCGGUGGCGACGCAGAGGCGGCUGUGGACUAUAUUGCUGAACAUCAAGGAGAGUAG